AUUUGUUUUCUAGUUAUCAGUCCCUAAUGCCAUCAAAUAAUAAAAGUUCACUCCGUCAAACCAAUAGAAAUUUACGAGCAGAAAUUGAUGUACUUAAAGCACAAAUUGUUCAAAUGAAAAAUGACUUAUCUCAGUCUCAUACUAUUCGUCCUAAAAUUGAUCAAAUGAGUAAUGAAGUUGUCGACUCUAAUCCAUAUAGUCGUCUUAUGGCACUUCAACGUAUGGGAGUUGUUACAAAUUAUGCUCUAAUUCGAGAAAAGACUGUUGUUAUAGUGGGUAUUGGGGGUGUUGGCUCAGUGACUGCUGAAAUGCUUGUUCGAUGUGGAAUCGGUCGUCUGAUUUUAUUUGAUUAUGAUAAAGUGGAGUUGGCCAAUAUGAAUCGAUUAUUUUUUCAGCCUCAUCAAUCUGGUUUGAGUAAAGUUGCAGCUGCAGCAUCUACUCUAAGUUUUAUCAAUCCAGAUGUACAAAUUGAAGCACAUAACUAUAAUAUAACUUUAGUAGAGAAUUUCGAUCAUUUUCUUAAUCGUUUAGAACAUGGUGGUUUAAAAGAUGAAAAUCCUGUUGAUCUUGUAUUAAGUUGUGUUGACAAUUUUGAAGCUCGUAUGACAAUCAAUAAAGCGUGCAAUCUUCUUGGUCAAGUUUGGUAUGAGUCUGGUGUCAGUGAAGACGCUGUUAGCUGUCAUAUUCAACUUAUGUAUCCUGGUCGAACACCAUGUUUUGAAUGCCUGCCACCACUAAUUGUGGCCAGCGGAUUGGAUGAAAAAACUCUUAAACGAGAAGGAGUAUGCGCAGCAUCACUUCCUACUACGAUGGCUCUUGUUUCUUCGUUAUUAGUUCAGAAUACUUUGAAAUAUCUGCUAAAAUUCGGCGAAGUUUCUAGUUACUUAGGUUAUGGAGCGGCUAAAGAUUCGUUUUAUCGUGUUGAAUUGAAAGCAAAUCCAGAUUGUGCUGAUUCAUGGUGUAACCUGCGUCAAAUUCAAUGGCGUAAUCACUUACAACAAUUAAAUCUUCCAAUUGAUUCUCCUUGGGAUAUUGAAGAACGUUUGAAAGCCCAACAAAUUAAAAAUGAAAAACUUAAAGAAGCAUUAUCCAAGUCAAAACAUGAAGAAAAUGAUUUUGGCAUUGAAUUAGAAUCAGAAUCAUCGAGUUUUACAGAAUCCACUUGUAAUAUAAAACAUGAUUUAUCCAAUUCAAAUUCUGAAAUAGUUGGUGUAAAAACAUUGUAUACAGUGGAUAACAAAAAAAUUGAUUCAAACUCUCAAGAGACAUCUGAUUCUUUUAUUUCACAGACAAACGAUAGCCUUGAAUCACUCAUGGCUAAAAUGAAAAAUUUGUAAUCAACUUUAUACUUAUUAGGAAGGGAUACUUUAUUUUCUAUGCACAGUUUUCCUCUGGUGUUUUGUGGCUGUCAUGUUUUGAUUUUAAUUUGUAUGAUGCAAAUGUGAUAUACUUCCGUCAUUCUAUUUGUUUUCCUUUUAUUCCCAAACUAUGUCAACAGUUUAUUUUGUUUACAUUGAUGGUUAUGUUAGGAAAUUUAAUUUCAGAGCAGUGGUUUCAUGUUUUACAACCAUGAACAUUUUAGCAUUGGGUUGUAGGAUGCAACCCUUGCUCCAUCUACUUUUGACGUCUUACUUUGAAAUUGUAACUCAUAUGUACGUAAAUAAACAUGUCUUUGGUGAAUGAUUUAUAAUCGAAAAAAUUAUUUUGUAAUGCAUAGUCUUUCAAGGUGAUAAUUUCGUUUUGUACUGGAACAGAUUUGUGCCCUAUUUUUAUGUUUCAUUUUUUAGAAUUCAUCAUCAAGCACUAUUAGGCUGCAAAAUGUCGAUAUCGUAUUCCAUAUUUUGUGGGACUUUAUCUAUACUAAAAAUCCAUUAAUUGCUAUGAGUAACGUCUGGUUAUAAAUCUCAGGCUUAUUCGUGAUUUUAACGCUGCUUCCAAACGGACUAAGUACUUUUAUCUAAUUUGUUUAGCUACUUAUAUUUGUUAUUAGUAGGUAGUGUAAUAAAUGAUUUUCCACUUUCACGGUGUUUCGAAACUACUUCGUGUGAAUAAUUUCAUCUAAACUAUUAUUAUUUCUUCUGAUUUCACAAUGUAUUCUAGCGUAUCACUUGACAAAAUAUAGUUUGUUGCGGUAAAA